AUGGCUGGGGCAAUUAUAGAAAACAUGAGCACCAAGAAGCUGUGCAUUGUUGGUGGGAUUCUCCUGGUGUUCCAAAUCCUCGCCUUUCUGGUGGGCGGCUUGAUUGCUCCUGGGCCCACGACAGCAGUGUCCUACAUGUCAGUAAAAUGUGUGGACACCCACAAAAACCACCACAAGACAAAAUGGAUGAUGCCUUGGGGACCCAACCAGUGUGACAAGAUCCGAGACUUCAAUGAAGCAAUUCUGAAGGAAAUCCAAGCCAAUGACAUUGUGUUUUCUGUCCACAUCCCCCUCCCCUCCAUGGAGAUGAGCCCCUGGUUCCAGUUCAUGCUGUUUAUCCUGCAGCUGGACAUUGCCUUCAAGCUGAACAACCAAAUCCGAGAAAAUGCCGAAGUUUCCAUGGACGUCUCCCUGGCUUACCGCGAUGAUAUGCUUGCUGAGUGGACUGAAAUUGCCCAUGAAAGGGUGCCUCGGAAACUCAAGUGCAUGUUCACAUCCCCCAAGACCCUAGAGCACGAGGGGCGUUACUACGAGUGUGAUGUCCUUCCAUUCAUGGAGAUCGGGUCCGUAGCUCACAAGUACUACCUCCUAAACAUCCGACUGCCUGUGAACGAGAAGAAGAAAAUCAACGUUGGGAUCGGCGAGAUCAAGGAUAUCCGGCUGGUGGGGAUCCAUCAAAAUGGAGGCUUCACCAAGGUGUGGUUUGCCAUGAAGACCUUCCUUACACCCAGCAUCUUCAUCAUCAUGGUGUGGUACUGGAGGAGGAUCACCAUGAUGUCCCGGCCCCCAGUGCUUCUGGAAAAAGUCAUCUUUGCCCUGGGGAUUUCCAUGACCUUCAUCAACAUCCCAGUCGAAUGGUUUUCCAUUGGCUUUGACUGGACCUGGAUGCUGUUGUUUGGUGACAUCCGGCAGGGCAUCUUCUAUGCGAUGCUUCUUUCCUUCUGGAUCAUCUUCUGUGGCGAGCACAUGAUGGAUCAGCAUGAGCGGAAUCACAUUGCAGGAUACUGGAAGCAAGUCGGACCCAUUGCAGUUGGCUCUUUCUGCCUCUUCAUAUUUGACAUGUGUGAGAGAGGGGUACAACUGACGAAUCCUUUCUACAGUAUCUGGACCACAGAUGUCGGAACAGAGCUGGCUAUGGCCUUCAUCAUUGUGGCCGGCAUUUGCCUCUGCCUCUAUUUCCUCUUCCUGUGCUUCAUGGUCUUCCAGGUGUUUCGGAACAUCAGCGGGAAGCAGUCCAGCCUGCCCGCCAUGAGCAAGGUCCGGCGGCUGCACUAUGAGGGGCUAAUUUUCAGGUUUAAGUUCCUCAUGCUGAUCACCUUGGCCUGUGCUGCUAUGACUGUCAUCUUUUUCAUCGUUAGCCAGGUGACUGAGGGCCACUGGAAAUGGGGUGGUGUCACGGUGCAAGUGAACAGUGCCUUCUUCACGGGCAUCUAUGGGAUGUGGAACCUGUAUGUCUUUGCCCUGAUGUUCCUCUACGCGCCAUCGCACAAGAACUACGGGGAUGACCAGUCAAAUGGCGACCUGGGUGUCCACAGUGGGGAAGAACUCCAGCUCACUACCACUAUCACUCACGUGGAUGGACCCACCAAGAUCUAUAAGUUGAGCCGCAAGGAGGCCCAGGAAUAGGAGGCGGCUGCAGCACCUGGCUGGGACUGUCUCCAGACCAGAGGGACUCUGCACAACCAAGCCCCGCGUGUCUCUGAGCUUGGGUUUGUCGGACCAGCAGCAUGGACAUUUGUCGGUUUGCCUUCUGACCGCAGCUUUUGGAGGAAGACACUUGCAGCCACUGGUGCGUGGGGUGUGAUGACAGACCCUCUGGUAUGACCCAUUUCUGUGACUGGUGUUAACAGAUGACAUCGUAACAGCCGGAGCAGGUGGCUAGGCCACCACCUGUACUGGGACAUACUCCUUGGGGGAUGGUUGGGGCCAGGGGAUUGUUGGACUCGUCCUUGUGUUAGCUUCUAGGAUCGAUGUAAACAUCCCUUUCCACCCGAGAUAGACUGGGGCCACAGUCUUCUCACUCCUAGUCCAUGGCCACUGUUGUUUCAUUCCUAUUUAUGUCACCAAGCAGCCUAUGGAGCUAAUAUUUAAGUUGUCAUCUCUAGAGGCACCCCGUGUUUUUUAUGACAUAAUGUAAAAUAACUGAAUUUCAUCCGAAAGUCCACGACACCAAGGGCAUCUCAGCUUUGAAACCAAAUCUUGUGUGUCCAUGCUAACUAACCAGUCUGUUGGAUGUAGGGUUAAAAAAAAAAAGAGAAAGUGUUUGCUAAACUCCCUGGUAGGAUGUAUUGUAUUAAAUGGCCUUUGGGUCUGAAAUGCUUUUUUUAACCUCUUGCUUAGAAUGUGGUUUUCUUUUGAUAAGAUGCCCCAAGCAGCCUCCAAACAUGUAGAUCUGAUCAUUUAAAUAAACCUGUCUGUAUAA